AUGGCAGAAGUGUCUACCAUGUCCGAAGGAAGCCAACUUUGGCAAUAUCUAGCUGAACGCGACAGACAAUCCGCUCCGGGGGCAGAAGGUGUAAACGAAGUUACUGCUAAGAUGACCAGCUAG